AAAGCAGCAUUUUGCUCUACAUAGGCCGUCGUGCUGCUCGAUAGCACUGCGCCAGUCACCGCGCUGCUCAUACCUAGCCAUUGUGUUAUAAUAGUGUUAACAUUCCGGGCGUAACACCCUCGCGAAAACACAUCGAACAAGCUGCAAACAAAAUUUACACUUGUACUAGUUUAGAAAUUAGAAAGGAGAUCCUCCCUGGUAUCUCCCUUGUUCUCAAAGAAGUGGCGUCUUUUUUGACGCCUCAUCCCGAAGACGCGCUUCUCCUCAGGUGUUUCGUCUUCUCCUUGAACCUUGGGCCACGGGUACCUAUUAACCAUUAACGGCUAAGAAGAAUCGUGGAGCUCUGGAAAGUGUUUCAUUCGUGGCAUAAGGUCGAAACAGAAGCACUCUCUAAGAUGUUGCACCGACAAUUUCAAUUUACUUGGUGCAUCUGCUUAAUUGUAUUACGCUGUGUUUCUGUACAUACUCAAAAAUUUAAUGAUGGUCUUAUUCAAAUAUCGCCAGCUUAUGCUAUUGCUUCAAAAGCCGAUCUUUUAAAUUCAACAACAUGUGGAAAAGAAUUGCAAAAUUUUCGAGACGCUGUUAAUCAACAACUAUUGUGGAGUUUAAAAAUUUUAGAUUCCAGUGGUGGAUAUAAACCAGGUUUUCUUUAUGGAAAUAAUUAUUGGUUAGGCAGUCGUAAUCAAUGUCUCGAUACGAUGAAUAGGAGACCUCUAAUGAUAUCACCACAGAAAAUAUUAAAUGACAAGCAGUAUCGUAAUCCGCAACAAGAAUUUCCGCCUUUCAAAAUAAAUUACUUUGUCGCUCAUUUUAAACACAAUAGUACUUUUCAAUAUCACAUAAAUGUUUUUGAUGAAGAUGUGAUAACACUAGGACUCUGUCUGCCAGCGUCGUGCUCUAUAAAUAAUCUAAGUUUUAUCUUGAAAAGAAUAUUACAUGAUAAAAGCAUCUUAAUGCACGACUUUUAUUUCGCGGAUCUUCAUCUGAUUCAGAUUAAAGGUCUAGAAAACAAUGACAAGUGGCUAUUUGGAAGUGCAUUCCUUUUUAUCUGUGCAUUUUUAGGACUUUGUUUUAUGACAACAGUUGGAACAAUAUAUGAUAUACUCGUAUAUCAAAAAAAUGUAAGGAAUAAUGAAAAGAACAAAAUUGAUGACGGUAUCAAAGACGUGUCUAAAGAAAAAGAAACAAAAUUAAAUUUAUCUUCGCACAAGAAAAAUAUAAUUGGAAAUAUAUUAAUAUGUUUUUCCGCUUACACAAAUACGAAAAAAAUAUUUAAUAUGAAAUUAGACGACGAAACAGUACUGGUCAUUCAUGGUUUAAAAUUUCUAAAUAUGUUUAUGAUAAUAAUAUUUCACAGCUUUUUCUUUUCAUUAGAUUCUCUCGAUAAUAAGAUAGUGUUGUGGAGAUUUAUUGAGAAUUAUACUGGUCAUUUAUUUGAUGCAUUUAUUGGAUUCGUAGGUCCAGUCGAUACUUUCUUUUUUUCAAGUGGAUGUUUGGUGACUUAUUUGUAUUUGAAAAAUAAUGUACUCAUUAAACCGAUUCGAUACAGAGAAAAAUUAACUGAAUUCUAUAUCUAUAUAAUAAUAAGGUUUUUUCGAUUGACACCGACAUACGUGAUGGUGUUAGGAAUAACACAAGUAAGCUCCGCUUGGCUUGACAAGGUAUCGCAAAUUUAUACGUACGAAAAGCCGCAUGAAAUUUGCGCGAAGUACUGGUGGCGAAAUCUACUGUACAUAAAUAAUUUCUUUGGUUUCGAUACAAUGUGCAUGUGUUGGAGUUGGUAUCUAGCUAAUGAAAUGCAAUUUUUUGUAAUCGCUGUGGCAAUAUUAAUUUUAUCGACUGUGUACUUUUACGCUGCUGUUAUGAUAUUGGGUGCACUUUUAAUAGGCUCCAUCAUUCUUAGCGGUUAUAUUUCUUACAUUUAUGCAUAUAUACCAACACCUGAUGAAAUGUAUAGACUCCGAGAUAUUUUAUACAUCACACCAUGGACAAGAAUAAAUUCAUAUAUUAUUGGAAUAAUUGCAGGAUAUAUGUUAAUAAAAUUAAAUAAUCAUUUGCUUUUGAAAAGAAAAAUCGUAAUUUUGUGUUGGUGCAUCUUCUGUCUUGGUAGCGCUUGUAACAUCUUCGUGUUAUUUUACAAGCGUCUCGAAUCCGUUUUAGCUACUGCUAUUUAUGUUGCUUUUCAUAAAACAGUUUGGGCCACAGGUAUAGCAUGGAUUGUAAUAGCGUGUUCUACUAAACACGGAGGUAUCGUUAAUAAGUUACUAUCGCUUAAAAUCUGGAUCCCUCUUAGCAGACUCACGUAUUGCGCUUAUCUUAUACAUCCUAUCGUCAUACGAUCGAUUAAGUAUUAUAGUGAAACAUCAAUUCAUUUUGAACUUAUGUCUUGGAUUGUUAUGUGUGUGGGAUACAUUACGAUCAGUUACGUUUGUGCUUAUAUAUUGUCUUUGAUGGUGGAAAUACCUUGUAUCCUGUUAAUGCAAAUGUUUAUACCAUACCGUAAUAGAAUGCAUAGAAAAGUAUUGUAAUUUUGCAUCAGAUAUAUAAG